AUGAAGAUCUCAUCCACCAUCAUCCUCUCCGCCGUGGUAGCCAUCGUGUGUGCACAUCAUCAAGAACCAAAGUCGGAAUCCUCCUCCCAGAAAACUCAACUCUACAGCUCCGAACGGCUAGCAAAGCGCGGCCUCCCAGUCGUCGGCGAUCUCCUCAGCGGUCUUCCUGUCGUAAACAGUAUCGCUGGUGGCGGUGGUAGUUCCGGACUGUUGAAGAAGCGUGGCCUGCCUGUUAUCGGCGAUCUCCUUGGAGGCCUUCCUGUUGUCAAUGAGGUCGCGGGCGGAAGUGGCGACUCUGCAUUAUUGAAACGCGGUCUCCCAGUUAUCGGCGAUCUCCUUGGCGGCCUUCCUGUUGUCAAUGAGGUGGCGGGCGGAAGUGGCGACUCUGCAUUAUUGAAACGCGGUCUCCCAGUUAUCGGCGAUCUCCUUGGCGGCCUUCCUGUUGUCAAUGAGGUGGCGGGCGGAAGUGGCGACUCUGCAAUAUUGAAACGCGGCCUCCCAGUUAUCGGCGAUCUCCUUGGCGGCCUUCCUGUUGUCAAUGAGGUGGCGGGCGGAAGUGGCGACUCUGCAUUAUUGAAACGCGGCCUCCCAGUUAUCGGCGAUCUCCUUGGGGGCCUUCCUGUUGUCAAUGAGGUCGCGGGCGGAAGUGGCGACUCUGCAUUGUUGAAGCGCGGCGAUGAUGAGGAUUGCGAGGAAGUAGGAGACGACGACAAUGACCAUCGUGGAGGUGGAAACGACCAUCACGGCGGUGGCGGAAAUGAUCACCAUGGCAGCGAUAACAAUCAUCAUGGUGGCAACCACCACCCCGGAAACAAUCAUCAUGGAGGCAACCGGCACCCCGGAAACAGUCAUCACGGCCCAAACAACCACCACGGCGGCGACCGUCACGGCAACGAUCAUCAUGGCGGCAACACUCCUUGUGAAUGCGGUAAUGGUCAUCGUGGCGGCCACCAUCCUAACCACAACGGCCAUCACGGAGGAGGACGUGUUCACCACGGAGGCGGCGGCGAUGAUGGUCUUAUUAACAUUGACCUCAAUGCUAUCAUCAAGGCCAAGAUCGGCAUUAUUGCCAAGGUCUACAUCGGUGUCAUUGUCGACUCUCUCAUCGAUGUUAAGGCCGACAUUCUGGUCAAACUCUGCGCAAAGUUGAACAUUAAUCUUCUGGUUGAUCUCGAUAUUUCUGCCAAGCUGAAAGCCAUCGUUGAUGCCAAGGUAGAUGCUGCUGUCAAGGUCUGGGUCAACACUGAUAUCAAGACCAGGGUCGGUGACUCUGUCCGUGGCCACUGCUCUCGCUCGUGCUCGUCAGAUGUCGAUGCUGGUAUCUUGGCUGACAUCCUUGCGUCGAUCAAGAUUGACCUUGGACAUCUCCUUUCUAGUCUGGACGCCAACAUUUUAGCUGAUAUCCGUGUACGCCUCAACGCCCUGGGUAUCAAGUUGAAUGCCCAUGUGAGCCUUGCUCUGGGGCUGGACCUUGGUGCUAUUCUUGGUGACGUUGUUGGUGACUGCAAGCAUGCUGGUUCUACCAUCCUUGCUAAUCUAAAGCUUGCCAUUGGCGCUUGA